CUUCUUCUUCUCCUUCUCCUUCAGCUCAUUCUCUUUCUGCUUCUCGGUCCCUAUUGGACAGACUUUCACUUGCCUCUCCUCCUUCUAGACCCUCGUUUUCUUUUUCUCCCUCCCUUCUUUCAGUUUUUUGUUUGUUUUGUGAGUCGGUCCCCAAAGUGAGGAUGAACGACCAAGUAGAGGAUGUAACCAAGUUCAUUGCAAUUACAAUCCUUCAUCCUUAGUAAUCAAAUUAGACAAAAUAAUGGAAAAUUCCAGAACAAAUUUUAGAACAAAAUUCCUCUAUAACUGUGUAUCUUGUGACCUCAUUAUCUGAUAAGAGAUCGAUGGAAGGUAUAGGUUUCUUGAUCUGACAUAUAGGUCAACAUGUGACAAUCGCAUAGGCAUACAUGACAAGAAACAGCUUAGCUUGGCUCUGUUCAGCCUGUGGAUUCAAGUUACAUGCAAAGAACUCUUACAAAACCCUUGCUAUUUUUCGCACGGAUGGUAGGUUUUCGUCGCAUAAAUUCGCAAUUUCAGCAGAACCGUUCCACUGAACAACUUAAAAUAGAAUCGUAAGGAUUUUGCUUCUAAGAAAUACAAAGCGAAGGUGCUGAAAGCUCUUAAAAUAAUAAGAAUUUAAAGAAGUUAACGUCAUGUCCUACGACGAAUACUGCUCAUCAGAGGCCAUGGAAUACGGAAGACGCAGUCGAGGUUUCCCCGACAAACAAGCCAUGACAGUGACCCGGUAUGUCUUCAGCAGCAUUCAAGGAAUUCUUCUCCUCCUUGGUCUCAUCAUCAACUUCCUUAUUUGUUUCGUGAUGGUAAGACGAAGGAAAGUUAAGAAAAGCCUCUCAAACUUCUUUCUGUUUAACCUCUCACUGACUGAGCUCGUCCUCUGGAUGAUUUUAUUGCCCUUGAUGGUGAUCAUAAGCAUGGCUCAAGUCAAAACGAACAUUCCUUGUAAGAUACUCGUAUUCAGUAUCUGCACAUGCGUGGCUGUCAUAUUUGGCCUUCUUGCCGCCAUUGCUUUCGACCGCUAUACAAAUAUCGUGACCCCCCUCAAAGGAAUCAUGAUGGAGGAACGAAAGUUCACAGCUCUUGCGGUUGUAUGGUUUACAGCCAUUGCCCUUUCUGCGCCUUUUCUUUAUAGUGUCGAAAUGCGUGUUCUAUCCAUGGAUUUUAGUACCCGGGCUGUUUUGGAAGGAAAGUUUAAUUUGACUACUCAUUCAGCUAAACCACCCGCACCCGUGCUGAAGUGGAAGUAUCUAAAUAACCAUCACAUUCCUCAUGACGUGACAGGUAGUAACGCCACGGAGAUCGGAAGUAGUGGUAACACAACGGGAUUCAAUUCAACUUUUGUUGAUAACACUACAACGUGUAUUUUACCGUUACGCGUAUGUGACAUUCCUCCCAAGCUAAAAGGACAAAUAUCUUUCUCGAUCUUCUUUCUUUUCGCAUUCGUACUUCCACUGAUUUUGAUCCUAGUUGCCUACGGUAAAGUGGUCCAGCGGCUGUGGCAAAGAAGCCGGACCUCCGAUGCUAAGGGAACGGCCGCCAAGGCAAAGCUGCGUGCAGUGCGCAUGCUCAUACUAGUGGUGCUGACCUUUUUGAUCACGGACGGUCCUUGGGUCGUAGUGGUUCUUUUGUAUUCUUUCAAACCACGUGACGUGAUGCCGUUGCACAGGCAUUUCAUUGCCUUAUCGAUAGUCGCAAUGUUGUUUUAUGCGAGUGCUGUCCUUACUCCAACUAUCCAUGCUUUCCACAGCUCUACCGUCCAGCGAGAGAUUGUCGCAGUUCUGUGCUGUCGUUUCAGAGAAUCAUCUUUAUUGGCUUCGUCUACGUCGUCUCGUGUAUCGAAUAAGAAGUACCGGAGUAUUCACUUCGCAAGAAACAAAGAAACCUCAACUCAAGACAAUACUUCGAGCGAUCAACAGAUCUUAAGGGCGGAAGCCGAGUGAAGACUGAGAACAAGUGCUAUUUACCAUGAUGCAUUGCAUGAUAAAUAGCUGCGGCAAGAUUUUUUAAACGCAUCCCACAUGGAAAGGAGUAGAUGAUUAUCUAUCAUCCAUAUGUCACAUUUUGGACAUGCUGGUCAUAUCAAUGGGUUUAUCUCAUACGGUCUAGGAGCCGACUGACCUUUCCUUCAUUGGAUAGCGGUGUCGGGCCGAAAUCUCCAGCAAAUCCGUAAAUACCGUAAAUAUCCGUAAAUGUUUGCACUCUAACUAGAAAUUAAAAUUUUCAUAAUAGGCCCUUUGCAGUUAAAGGUCACGUUACGUUUUAUUUUUAUUUUAAAUUGGUGAUUCUUUUU